GUGUGACUGAAGCAUUUGGUGACAACUUCACGACCGAGUCUGAGACUGGACUAGCUUUCUGGCGGUCUAACGUUACAGUCUAUUGAGCUUGAGUUACUAAAAUGGCAGUUUUCCAUGUAAUUUUGAGCUGGACUGCUUUGUUUCUGCUCUUUCUGAUUUUCAUAUCGUUUCUUGGUUAUUGCUUAUAUGUUAAACACAUUCAUAGGAAAUAUGACCACAUACCCGGGCCACCGAGAGACAAUUUUCUCUUCGGACAUUCACCAAUCUUUUUAAGGGUAAUGAGAAAAGGCGACAUCGUUCACGACACGUUUCUGGAAUGGGCCGAGACAUAUGGGCCUGUUUGCAGAAUAAAUAUUCUACAUUACGUUUUGCUGCUGGUGACCUGCCCAAAAGCGACCAAGGAGAUCCUGAUGUCCCCAAAGUAUCCAAAAGAUAUAUUCUACAGCACAAUCUUCAACCUGUUUGGUCAAAGGUUUCUAGGUAAUGGCCUGGUAACAGCAAGAGAUCAUGAGAAGUGGUAUAAACAGCGGCGGAUCAUGGACCCUGCGUUCAGCAGCUUGUAUUUGAGAGGUCUAACCGGCACCUUCAACGAGAGGGCAGAGAAACUGAUGACUACACUUACAGAUGUCGCUGAUAACAUGACAGAGGGCAGCAUGCUCCACCUCAUGAACUCUUUUACCCUUGAUGUUAUUGCUAAGGUUGCAUUUGGGGUGGAUUUAGACCUGCAGAAGGAUAGAUUAAUUUUCCCUGAAGCCAUCGAGACAUGUCUGAAAGGGAUGCUCUACAAAGCCAGAGACAUCUUCUAUGAGUACAAGCUGAAGAACCGACCAUUCAUUAAGAAAGUGAGGGAAGCUUGCCGCCUGCUGCGCACAACUGGAGCUAAGUGGAUUAAUGACCGAAAGACUGCCAUGCAAAACGGCGAUGAUGUCCCCAAGGACAUCCUCACACAGAUCAUCAAAUCAGCUGGCAAAGAGGAAAGCAUGACUAAAGAAGACGAAGAGUUGAUGUUGGACAAUUUUGUGACAUUUUUCAUUGCGGGGCAAGAAACAACUGCUAAUCAACUGGCUUUUUGCAUCAUGGAACUUGGGAGACAUCCUGACAUUCUGGAGAAAGUGAAGAAAGAGGUGGAUGAUGUCAUUGGGAUGAAACAGGAGAUCAGUGAUGAUGAUCUGGGGAAACUGGUCUACCUCUCACAGGUACUGAAAGAGACUCUGAGGAUGUACUCGACAGCUCCAGGCACAUCUCGUGAUGUACUGGAAGACAUUGUCAUUGAUGGAAUCCACAUACCGGGAGGAGUCUCAUGUUUUUUCAGCUCCCAUGCGACUGGGAGAAUGGAGAAAUUCUUCAAGGACCCGCUGACAUUUGAUCCAGACAGAUUUCACCCAGAUGCUCCCAAGCCGUAUUAUUGCUACUUCCCCUUUGCACUCGGCCCACGCUCAUGCCUAGGACAGAACUUUGCUCAGAUGGAGGCUAAAGUGGUGAUGGCCAAGCUGCUCCAGAGGUUUGACUUCCCCCUUGUGCCGGGACAGACCUUUGAUAUAGUGGACACUGGCACACUCAGGCCAAAGAGUGGAGUGGUGUGCUCUGUCAGACACAGGGAUCAAAACAAGUAAAUGGUCUUACAGGGUCGUAUAACAUAAGAAGAAACAAAAAUGGUUCACGUGGUGUGUGUGGGUUUUUGGGUUACUUAGACUAGCUUACUGCCUGCAGCUUUGUACUCCUGCCUUAGCCAAAAGCAUCUUAUGCUGCAGAGUUGUUUUAUCACUUUUCUGUGAAAGUUUAGCCUUUAUAUAGAAAAUAUUAUUAUCAUGAAACAAACAGUAUAUCCACAUGCAGUUAUGAGGAUGAAUUGCCCCUUGGGGAUUAAUAAUGUUUUCUGUAUCUGUAUCUGUUAUUACUGGCCACUAAUAAGCAUAUGGGGAAACAACCACUUUUCCUUCUGUUAUUAGUACUUGAAUUUUCUGUAACUAGCCCUUUGUAUCUCAGUGUAACUGCUCUUCUAUACCCACUAAGCUUCUAAACUUGUUUUGUGCCUUUAAUACUGACAUACAAAUGCUGAAUUAAACAUUUUUAAACUAAUGAAAAUAAUAUAACCAUUUGACACAUUAUUUUUUAGAAUCAGCUUUAUUGGUUUUGUACACAUACAGAUGUUUUUCUGCUGCAAAAAAUAACUUUGUUUGUUUUGCACUUCAAUAAACUAAUGAUUAAUUUAA